GAUAGACACAAAAGCAUGUAUCGACUUUGAGUCGCCACAGAUGAAUUGGAAAAUAAUGAAAAAGCAGCCUUCUAAUGGAAAUGUCCGCUUCAAAACGGGAAGGCUGGCUUUCCAUUUCACCAGUCCAGCUUCCGUCUGUGUUAUCAAGCUGAAUGUCAAAACUCAUUCAACAGCCAGUGGUGAAGCAACUUUUCGUCGAAUUACCAAAGAUAAAAGUCUUGUCCCGCCCUCACGAUGCUAGAUCAGAGAUUACGGUUUAUGUAAAAGGAUUUCUAGCGGAAGGCGAUACACCCGACAACUUUGCAGACUGGAUGCAUUCUCACCGCUUAUUGGUUUUAUCCAAAAACUGGGCUCCUGCCGCCUUAGGGUUUUCAUGGCCAUCGGGCACCGCCAGCAUACCGGUACCGGUGGCAACACUCGCGUCAGCAGGCUACUUGGUAGCAAGCAAUAUCCGCAGAUUAUCCCAACUUCGAUUGCCAACACCAGCGACGAUGUUAGGUGCUGUUGCGGUGGAUGUUGGUUUGCAUGCUGGUCGAUUAGCAUAUCAGUUCAAUACAGCGACCACGGAGAGCAAACAGAGAGCUGAAAUAUUUGCUCUUCGACUUUUGCGACUACGACGUGAGCACGAAAAUGUACGCAUCGUUGCUCAUAGCCUUGGCUGUCGACAUGUAGUGGAAGCCAUAUCGAAUCUAAAUGCUGACGAAAGACCCGACAGUGUCCACCUUUGUGCUCCAGCUCUACUAGCUGAGGACAUAUUACGACUCAUUAAACCUGAAACAGGUGGUUUGGCAAAGGAAAAGACGAAUAUCUACUAUUCUGGAAAAGACUUGACAUUAGGCAUCCUUCUUCGAGCUAUUUUAGGAGGCAGCAGACCACUGGGCGAAGUCGGCAUCUCACCGAACGUACCCAUAGACAAAAGUGUAGAAUUGAUUGAUGCGAGUUCCUCUCUUGGCUUUUUCUCGCAUACAGACUACGCAGAUAAGUUUCAUUUUAUGGCACGGUAGGCGUUACCAUGACAUGCCUUUGAAAGAUCCAUUAUUUGCAUAUACGUAGAAAGAUACCCUUGGCUGCACACAUCGGCCGUUAUAAAUGUUAAAGAAUUGCCAAUGCACAGUAUAGAAUGUGCUAUCUAUAAAGCCAUGUAAUAAGAGGCAACAGAGUAUGGG